AUGAAGUACCAGAUCAUAGGUUGCGCAGGUCAGGGUGGUUUUGCUCAAGUGUAUAAAGCAUAUGUCAGCUGUAAUCCUGAUGAUGUUGUUGCUUUGAAGAUACAAAAGCCUGCUUUCCCUUGGGAGUUCUAUAUGUAUCGUCAACUGGAUCAACAGAUCUCAGACAAGGAAAGGUCAAGCUUUGGUCUUGCUCAUAGAAUGCAUCUCUAUUCUGACUGUAGCAUACUUGUCUGUGAUUGUCUUGCUAAUGGAACAUUUCAGGGUCUUUGCCUUGUCGACUGGGGAAGAGGGAUAGAUAUGCAUCUCUUUCCUGACAAUAUGGAGUUUAAGGGAGAUUGCCGGACUUCUGGAUUUCGUUGUGUGGAGAUGCAAGAGAAUAGGCCAUGGGCUUUUCAGGUAGACACAUAUGGCCUCUGUGUUGUCCAUUUGAUGCUGCAUAAUUCUUACAUGGAGAUUGAAAAGAAACUAUCACCUGAAGGUGGUUACAUUAAUCAAUCCAAGUCAUCUUUUGAAAGGAAUUUAUUUACAAAACUGCUUAACAGUGGCCCCCACGCUAAUUACAAGAAGUUGCUGCAGGAUUUGAGGGAGUCCUUCCAGGAUUACAUGUGCUCGGACCCUCUGCUUAUAAAGAAACUUAGCGGUUUACUGGUUAAGCAAAGGGCCACAAUGGGUGCUUAG